GCCCUUUCUCUCUUCGGUAUCUCCCUCUCCACCCCGGAAUUCCUUCCCCACCGAUGGCUGCAGCCCCAUUUCGAUGUUGACCACUCGCCAGUCGCCAUCGUGUGUCCCUAGCUACCACGCGCAGGCCUAUCCGCCGUCGCCGAUGUCGCCGUGUUUGCAGAGUCUCCAGAGCUCCCGCAGGGGCGCACGCAUUGGAGCCGGCCGUCGGCAUCUCCAACCACACCUUUUUGCUGCCUCCGCACCACCAUUCGAGCUCCGCCCUUUCAGUCAGACGACUCUUCUUCGACCUUCGCCGCAAGUCAAACAUCCCAUCAACCCUCCGAGGCCACCUCGCUUCCGCGCCGUACACAAGGUGUUCGAUCAUUUUCUCCAAUAGGAAGAUGCCUCUCCGGCUCACAGAUAACCACGUAUCUGCACCGAGAACUCGCCAUGUCCAGACAUGUCCUUAAGCGCUCCAAGAAAUCUUUCCUUGCAGGAAAUCGCUCGGAACUACCAAGAGCUUGGGGCUUUGAAUGGCGGAAGCAGUGACUGCUGCUGUCGCCAUAGGAUGGGGCAUGAGAGCCGCAGGGUGGGUCGCCUCGCCCAUCAUCUCCGACCUGUUCAAGAAAGCAUCCUCCUAUCUUGGCUUUGAUGCAUCAGAGAAGCUGAUUGAGCUUGAGCCGAAGAUUUUAUUGCUGGAGCGGGUGAUGGGAGCGGUUGAGGAGAGCCCUUACAGGCCUCGGUUGGAGGGGCUGUACAGUAAACUUAAAUCUGCUUUCUACGACGCAGAGGAAAUCUUGGAUGAUGUUGAGUACUACCGUCUCGAGAAGAAGAUACAAGAUGACAAGCUCAAGUCAGAGGUCACCGGGCCUUCACGUCGCUUGAAGGAGAUCUGGUCUGCGGUGGCGAAGAGCUCUCCACUUAAACAUCAGGAGAGUGGUAUGCCAAAAGUUAAGUUGAAAAAGAAACUAGACAGAAUAGAAGAGGUCAUAAAUGAUGCAUGCAAAGUUUUGGAACUGAUGAACUUGCCAAGUAUAAGUGGUGCAAACCAGAGCCAUGUUGUUGCCGCCAACUCACGAGGUAGUGGCACCACUUCACGGCCUCUAUCACAGAUAAUCGGACGAGAUGAAGAUUGUGAUAAAAUUGUAGCAAUGCUUCAUGAGAAGAAUGAACAUGGUCAGCCUGACACCAAUAGUGCUCCAUGUUAUUCUGUAGUUGGAAUUCAUGGCAUCGGCGGCUCUGGGAAAUCAACCCUUGCACAACUUGUUUGUGCCCGUGAGAAAAAGGAUAGCCAUUUUGACCUUGUAAUGUGGGUUCAUGUUUCUCAGGAUUUUAGUGUGCGUACCAUUUUCAUGGAGAUAUUUGAGGCCGCUACAGGUACUUUGUGCACUGAAUUUAAGAACCCUGACACCUUACAAGAUAAGUUGGAGGAGAAACUGCGUGGAAAAUGUUUCCUCUUGGUACUAGAUGAUGUUUGGUACAAUAUUAGAGAUGUGACGCAGUCUGAAAAUCUGCAACGUAUACUCUCGCCGUUGAAGGCUGGAGAGGCAGGAAGCAAGAUCCUUGUGACUAGUCGAACUGAAGAUGCAUUGUUGGCUCUAGGUGCCCCGAAGCAUAGAUGUAUUCCAAUGUCUGUCCUAGAUGAAGAUGUCUUCUCGAAUUUGCUCAUGCAUUAUGGACUCCACGGCGUACCUAUUGAUGAUUAUACUCGUAGAAUGCUGGAAGACAUUGGGAAAGAGAUUGCAAAAAAACUGAAGGGGUCGCCUCUAGCAGCAAGAAUAGUCGGAGAACAGCUGCGUCUAAGGCAAAACGUCGAGUUCUGGAGAAGCGUUCGAGACCGGGACCUUUUGAACGAGACGAUGGGAGCUCUGUGGUGGAGCUACCAUCAUCUUCGUGAGCAGGUCAAGCGAUGCUUUGCUUACUGCAGUAUUUUUCCUCGAAGACAUUGCUUGGAACGUCACGAGUUAGUUCAGCUUUGGGCUGCAGAAGGGUUUGCCAGAUGCACUAGUGAAGGGGAGGAAAUGGAAGAUGUUUGCCAGGAAUACUUUGAUGAACUAUUGUCAACCUCUUUUUUGCAACUUAAAGCAAUGGAAUAUCCCCAUGAGAAGGACUACUAUUUAGUUCAUGAUCUGUUGCAUGAUUUAGCAGAGAAGGCAGCUGGAAGUGACUCUUUCAGAAUCGAAAAUAGUUUGGAACUGCAAGGAAAAUGGCCAGCACUACCUCCAAACGUCCGCCAUAUCUUUGUUCAGACCUACGAUGAAGAAUUGAUUACUAAGAAGAUAUGCCAAUUGCACAACUUACACACUCUCAUCAUUGGUAGGGAAAAUAGUCUGGAAGCGGUUGGGGAGCAAGUCCUGAAGUGUAUGUUUAAGAAGCUGAGGAAGUUGCGUGUGCUUAUCAUAACUGCCAGAGAUUUAAUGAGCUAUGUCCCCCCGGAUGUGCCAGUCCCAGCAUGUAUUGGUCAGUUAAGGCACUUGAGGUAUCUUGCUUUUAGGUCUGAAAUUUAUCAUGCUAGAGAUCUGAGGAUAAUUUUACCUGCCACUUUUAACAAGCUAUACCACAUGCAGAUUCUAGAUUUUAGUAGCGCCAAUAAAGUGGUAUUUUCUUGUGAAGAUAUUUGUAGCCUCAUCAAUUUGCGGCAUGUAGUCUGCUUUGAAGAUGUGGAUAUUCCAAGCAUCGGAAAGAUGACAUCACUCCGAAUGCUGGGAGUCUUCAAUGUAAGAAAGGAACAAGCUCACGAGUUAAAGCAACUCAGGAAUGUAAACAAGCUUCGCGGCAAACUCUGUAUCAGGUGCUUGGAAAAUGUUGAAAGCAAGGCAGAAGCUCUCGAGGCCAAUCUGGCCGGUAAGGAAGGGCUCAGUACACUAAAACUAUCCUGGCGGAGUGGUGAAGCGAGUCCAGAAGUUCAGGCAGAGGUAAUAGAGGGUCUUUGCCCACCCAAGGAUCUCGAAUCACUGACUAUCGAAGAUUACAAAGGUCCGAGGUAUCCAAGUUGGAUGCACAAUGAUGGCCCAAAGCACGUGAACCAUCUUGAGCUCAUCGACUGCAGCCCACAACCUGGUCCUGAACUUGGUGGGUUUUGCACUUGUCUCCGUGAGCUCACGAUUUCGAGUUGCAGCUGGGCCGCCUUGCCAGAUUACAUGGAGCAUUUGACAUCACUGCGGAGCCUGGAAAUCUUGUAUUGCCAUAAUAUUCAAUCUCUUCCAGCACUACCGCAGUCUCUUGAGCACUUAACACUGAAUGGCUGUAGAGUGGUGUCGAUGAGCUCGUGUCGCCUGGAGCACCUGACGUUACUGCAGACACUUGAUAUCUGGUCCUGCGAUAGUAUUCGAUCGCUUCCAGCAUUGCCACAGUCUCUUCAGCACUUCACACUGAGAAACUGCAAUGACGUGUUGAUGAGAUCGUGUUGCAUGAAGCACCUGACGUCACUGCAGAGCCUGGAGAUCUAUUGCUGCGAUUGUAUUUGGUCGCUUCCAGCACUGCCUCAGUCUAUCAAGAAAUUCAACCUGAUAACCGGUGAUAAAGAGUUGGUGAGUUCGUGCAUAACAGUUGGAGAUCCAGAUUGGCAAAAGAUUAAGCACAUUCCGUACGCAUCAAUAGAAGACGUUCGAGGCUCGUACAUUGUGAUGAAAAUGGGAGUUUUCUCUGUUUUCUAGACGUUCGAGGCUCGUACAUUGUGAUGAAAAUGGGAGUUGUAUAAAACCCGAAUGAAGCGAAGCAGAUUGCUAGAUCUUCAUCACAAGAGCCUGAGACGUCCUAAUGCGUCAAGUCGUGGCCCUUAAACCUGCCCGAGUGAAGUGCUGCUGCUGUGCUGCAGUCAUCUGCAGCUACACACGGUGCAAAAUUUGACCGUGUGCCAACGAUCGAACCGACUGUAUUUGUUCCCCGUAGGCUAUGGUCCUUAUAACGUGAGCACUGAAUUCCAGAAAAUGUAAGUCCUGUAAUAAUGUUGUGAAACCAUGAACACUGUAGCGUAGGUGUCUCAUAUGGUUUUCAAUGAUGUACAAUGUUGAACACCCAAUCUGCUUUGUUCCAUAUGGUUUGCAAUACACUGGUGAAAUAUAAGCGCGUCCUUGCAUGAAUAAAGUACAAAAUAAU